AGGGAACGGCUUCCAAGAACAAAAAGGAAAAUACUACUUGCCAAAGCCUUUGACUCUCUACCGGCUAGUUUACGCUCCGCUUCAUCGUAUCUUAGAUCUCCGGCAACGAAAAAUGGACAAAUUUCAGAUCAACGGUGCCGGCGACGAAGAAAUAAUCGGCGACGAAUUCUACGAAAAGAUUGAGGCUCCCAAGUUCGUAGACCUCGCCGCACCUGAUCGUUGCCGCACUGAAAAUGAUGACCGUUACUGGUUUUGCCUCCGUGUCGGAUGUGAUCAAAAGCAUGAAGAAGAAAUGGAUCCUGAAGAAAUUUAUAAAAAUUUUGUGCUUAGGGUUAUGGCGGCUAGGAGUCCAAGUGUUGGGCUUAGAAAAGCUCUUUGCAGAAGAGACUCAAGGUUGAAAUUGGAUUGUCCCCGUACGGUUCCUGCUAAAUCUUCAAAGUCUAGAGUGUCAAGAUUGGCUAUGAUCUCAUCCAUUUCAACAAAGAUGGGUGAAGCUAAAGUGAAAGUUAAGCAGAGUUCGACUACCCCAAAUGUGAAGAAGGCAACAGCAGCAAAGCAACCAUCUACUAAGGCCUUGACUACUCCAAGGAACAAGAAAGGGGUGUCGAAUCCGGGUACUUUUCGAAGUGUUAGGAACCCAAAACCGACUACAGUCGAGGUGCCAAAGGAUAGAGUGGUGGCAAAGGCUUUGGUCUUUCAUUCUCCAAAGAAGGCAGUGAAGUUGAAGAAGUCUGUGGAAUGGAGUAGUUCAUUAAGGAGGAUAUGUUCAGGGAUGAAGAAGCUUGAGAUUACUGAUGGGAGUAAGAAGAAUGCAUUGGGGUGUAAUAAACCAUUAGCUGCUCCAAGGAAACAGUUAAGAGGGAGAGAGGUUAAAAGCCGAGUAUACGAUUCUUUGCAUUGCCAGAAUCAGAAGACUCAAGAAGCUAAAUCUAUAAAUCGUUUGAAGAAAAAGAACGAAAAUGAGUUACCAUUGUCUGAAGCUGCUUUGGGUCGUCAACAGGAUGAAAAGGACACAAUUGAUAGUACUUCUAAGAAUCCUUCAGAUAUAUUGGAGCAAGUAACAGGUCCCUCAAGGAGCAGCCAUGAAGAGAACAUUGAACCAUGUCCUAAGGACAAUGAAAUCCCUGAAGCAACAGAGGGCGACGACGACAAAGAAAAUGCUAUGGCAUCUAAUAUCAGAGUAAGUGAAAGCAAAGUCAUGGAAAUUGACAAUAACAAGGAAAAUUAUGCAGCUUCUGAUGAAAACAGAAAAUUGGAUUGUGACACGGGCAAGUUGAUGAAUGAGACUCAUAAAAACAUUCAAAAGGUUGCUAAAGUGAUAAGUAAGACAAUGAAAGAAAACUCCACCGCAGUUAAAGGUGCUCAAGGAAUGAAUUACAGAAAGCCUAAGCUUACAAAUCCGAAGCCUUUUCGACUUAGAACAGAUGAAAGAGGAAUUUUAAAGGAAGCAAACUUGGAGAAGAAGCAUCUUCAAGCACCUGAAGGCGACAAUGAAUCAGAUACAAGAACACAUAAAGAUCAAACACAAACCAUCAAGACCUCUAGCUUGAUGAAACCGAAAGGAUCCAUGGAAAGAAAGAUUUCAACCAUUCACCAAAAACGUACCGCCCCUAUGCAUCAAAAGGCAACUCAAAAAUCCGAGGGUGGAUCAGAGAAGACUAGACCACGAGUGGUAGCAGCAUUGAGUAGGAAGAAACUCGGUGCAAUUAAGGAAAUGUCACCUACAAUGGCCAGACCCCUUAAGGGAACGUCGGACCCUAACAAGAAUGGAACUUCCUUGACGAAGAAGGCAUCAUCAUCGCAGCGAAGAAGGCAUACAACCAUACCAAAAGAGCCAAACUUUCAUAGCCUUCAUGCUCCAAAAAACUGCACAAAGAGAGUAGUAGCAUGAUGCAAGUGUAUUUGCCUUGGUCACUAGCCAGCCACCCCUUUUUUUUUUUGAACACUCAUUUGCUUGCUUGAAUUGUUUCAAUCUUUUGAGGGAAUGCCAAGUUCCUUUUCAAGUAAUUGCUUCUAAGCUGUAACAUUUGUGCUACAAGAAUGACAUUGUAUGAAUUCAUUUAUAAUAUGCAAAUAUUCAAGAUUUUUACCAA